AUGGCUGCCCAGUCGCUGAGCUCGUUGCUGCAACGAGCAUCCAUUGACGACCACGAGGAAGUCCUGCAGUCAUGCAAUGCCGCGUUGGCCAAGUCGAAGUCGGACUUGCAUGCUCAGCAUAUCAAGGCAGUUGCUCUGCUGAAGCUUGACCGCUAUGAGGACUGCCUGCGAGUAUUCGAAGAAGCCGGUGAUGGUCUGAAGAAGAGAGCAGCUCUGGAAUACGCCUACGCUCUAUAUAAAUGCGGUCAGCUGGACCCGGCGAUUGAGGUGGUAUCUCGCGUCGCUGGUGAGAGGGGCGCACUACAUUUGGAGGCUCAAGCCAGCUACCGUUCAGAGAAAUUCCGUCGCGCUGCCGAGAUUUACGAAGAAUUGUCCAAAGGCGAUGCGUCCCUGUCGAACGAAGAGAACGACUUGCGCACCAACUCAUGGGCCACGGAUGCACAGCUGCAGUGGAAGGGCUACCCCCAGUUUGUACGCCAUAACAGGCCGAUGCGGGAUGAUCUAGAGGCGUUCGAGACUGUCUAUAACGCAGCUUGCUUGAGUAUCGCCAAGGGCGAGUUCCAGCAGGGGCAAGUUCUAUUGACUCGGGCUAAAGAGCUCUGUCGGACGUCGGAGGACCUCACCCCUGAAGAUCGGGCUGCAGAGCUGCUCCCGAUUGCCGUGCAGCAGUUUAUCCCUGAGCUCUCGACGAAGAAGAUCGCGCAGACCAACAUCACGCUUGCCCGUGGCACGACCACUACCAAUCCCUUCGCUCUAUACAAGGCUCUUCACGAGAUCCCCGAUUCCACCGACAGCGACAAGCUCUUCGAAUACCAGGAUAACCUCGCGACGGGGAACUCAUAUGCGGCAGACCUCCUCGUUCAGAAAUACGAUGGCAUUAUCCGCUCCACCUCCAAGGCGCUCGCUCAAGCUGCCUACCCCUCGACGGAACCUCGUGCCAAUCUGCUAUCAGUCUACAACGCUGCCGCUCACGCACGCGGAGAAACAGGCACCAAGGCCUUGAAGCGGAUACUAUCUGCGCUCGACAAACGGCCCAAGGACCUUGGCCUCGCCCUCACAGCCGUCCAGCUCUACGUGGGUGCGGGCAACACGACGUCCGCGAUCACAACUCUAGAGCGGACCCUGCAACUGCUUGACGAGUCCAUCUCCGAGCAAGACAAAGCAGUCCGCUUCAAUCCCGGCCUCUUGAGCAUCCUCGUAUCCCUCUACAAGUUGGAGGGCCGUAAAGUCCAAAUCCGGACCGAACUCGCCAAAGCCGCAACAUACUGGCAGGCCCAAGCCGCCGAACCACCAGCCUCCCUGCUCCGCGCCGCAGGAGCAUCCCUCCUGCAUUCCUCCGAUCGCUCCGACCUAGCCAAAGCGGGCGACCUUUUCAAGUCUCUCUACCAGAAAGACACGACCGACCAGUUCGCCGUAGCCGGCUACGUCGCCUCCCAGGCAACGCUCGACUACUCCAAGGUAGAAGCACAGGUCGACACUCUCCCCUCCGUCGCCGACCUGAUCUCAGGCGUCAACAUCGCCUCCCUCGAAAAUGCCGGCAUCUCCCCCUCCUCCGCGGCCAACGCCGCCGCCGCCGCAGCCAUGGCCGGCGCGCGGAAGAGAAGCGCCAAGGAUAAGGAAGAUCGCGCAACCAAGCGUGUUCGCAAGGACCGUCUGCCCAAGGAUUACGACCCCAGCAAGACUCCCGACCCAGAGCGUUGGCUGCCUCUUCGCGAUCGGUCUUCGUACCGCCCCAAGGGCCGCAAGGGUAAGCAGCGCGCUGCGGAGCGGACACAGGGUGGUGUGGUGAACGAGAAGGCUGAAGAGUCCCCGGCUCCUCCCACUCAGAAGGCUCAAGGAGGUGGUGGUGGCAGCUCGAAGAAGAAUAAGAAGAAGGGCAAGCGGUAG